UUCCACAGAGACUCAGCACACCCCGUCUCCUUCCUCACAUUCCUUCCUCAGAAAGAAGUCCCUUUCUUCUUUUUCUCAGCUCGUAAAAGAUAUUGAGGCACGGUUAGGGUAAGUGGCAUGAGACGUUCCAGCUAUCCGUCAAUCGUUUUUUACAGUGUUUUUGGAAGCGAUACGCCGUUGCAGGUUAGAAAGCUCAAAACCUACAAGAGAAAAUUCCUCCGCACAGCGCGCCAUUGACUGCAUAGACCUUUCAACUUAUUAAAGACUGCAAUUGACGAACAUUUUCGUUUCAUCAAAUCCUUUGCAAAAAGUGAUUUGUGCCUCUAAUCUGCAAAGGCUGGCUGCGCAACGAGUUUAGAUGUGGGGGUGGCGAAGUUACCCCGUUGAAACAAGGACUACCACUGAUAAAAAAGACGGCUCUCUACACAGAUCUCUGUAUUGUAAACUGGAUUUGUGAUCUUAAACUCGGUAGUUUUCUAACUUGUUCUCCGGGAACAAAACCAUGGAGAAGUAUGAGGCGGAUAUCGCAUUGAAAGCGAGUAAGUUCAUAGAGAACCUUUCUAUGUACGAAGCUUGCAAAGACGGACUUUACAGCGGGAGAAGGGACGUGAUGGUUAACCACGAUUUGGAUUUUUCGGGACAGAUGAUUACGAACCAUAAAAGUAAAACAGUGAAUGGCAACGCACAACAGCAGUACCACCAGCAGCAGUACACUGGCGAAAAUUACCAGGCUGGGAAUAAAGUUUACAACGCGGCCCCUUUGCGCCCAGUCAAUGGCAACAAGGGUGCUGCUUCGGAUAUUUGCAACCCACAAAGAGAGACAGUUUAUUGUGAAGAUGGCCAUUGCAGCAAAUCUGAAGUUGCCUUGCCGUGCUACAGCGGGAUUUCCGAGAGGAACCGGAGGUAUUCUUUAGAGGCGCAGAGUCAUAGGUACAGCACGGGGAGUGCAUAUGACGGAGCGGUCGUGAACAAGCAAGGAUCCUUCUCUGCCUACCCUAGCUCGGGCACCAGGAGCAACAAUGUGUGCGUCAGCACCAGUCAAGACGGCAGGUACAAUGCCACCAGCCCCAGGUCUAGCCUGGCUUCUUCCAUGUCUUCCCAGGAGCAAACCAAGCACACGAGCCCCAGAUCGAGCAUCAGUAGCCCCAGGUCGAGCUUGGUGGUACCCGGGCAGGACAAAUACACCAGCCCCCGAUCCAGCUUAGUGCAAUACGACGGGAGCAGUGUGCUGAGCCCCCGGUCUAGUUAUGCAAGCACUGCCAGUGAUACCAGCAAGCACUCCAGUCCCCGGGCCAGCUUGAAUAGCUACGAUUGCGGGAGCAAGCCCAGCAGUAACCGCACUAGUGGCAUCAGUAUGGGUUAUGACCAACGGCACAUCAGCCCAAGAUCAAGCACUGCAAGUCAGUACUCUUGCACCCCGAGUCCGAGGUCCAGUUACUCGGAUUCGCGCUAUGUGUCAUCUGGGAACCCCGAGCAGGAGGGCACAAUCGUGCAUGGCGUCCCAGUGGUCAGCCCCCGUGCGAGCAUCUGCAGCCAGGAAGGCAACAGCAGACCAGGGGUAGCCAGCAGCUGCAACCCGUGUGUGGUUAGCCCACGAUCCAGCAUUUCUAGCCACAGCUCUAGAAGCUCCCGGAGUUCGAGGGGCUCCAUGAGCGCCUACCCAGACCUUCAGCUGCCCUCGCCGAGGUCGUCCAUCCUGGGUCCGGGUUUGCAGGAGGAAUCGGUGGUGAACGAUUUCGGAGAUAGCAGGAUCUAUCUCCAGUCGUCCCCAGCAAGGCACGAGCAGCAGCCGUCUCAGGUCGGAUUAAACACAGACGCCGCCGCGGGUGUUCCGGCACCUUUUAACUACUGCUGCCCCGCGAAAGCCUCGGCCCCGGCGCAGAAGUUUAAGCUGCCUUACCAAGUUAUCCCAUCCCGGGAAAGUGGCCCAAGCCAGGCAGAAAGAAGACUAGAAGCCCUGACAUUGGAACUGGAGAAGGAGUUGGAGAUGCACAUGAAAAAGGAAUAUUUUGGAAUCUGUAUAAAGUGUGGGAAGGGAGUGUAUGGAGCAAGUCAGGCAUGCCAGGCAAUGGGAAACCUCUAUCACACCAACUGCUUCACCUGCUGCUCCUGUGGGCGAAGGUUAAGAGGAAAGGCAUUCUACAACGUCAAUGGUAAAGUUUACUGUGAAGAAGAUUUCUUGUAUUCUGGGUUCCAGCAAACUGCAGACAAGUGCUUUGUGUGUGGCCACCUCAUAAUGGAGACGAUUCUGCAGGCCCUAGGGAAGGCCUACCACCCUGGCUGUUUCCGCUGUGUGGUCUGUAACGAGGGCUUAGACGGGGUCCCUUUCACGGUCGACAUGGAGAAUAACAUCUACUGCGUCAAGGACUAUCACACAGUUUUCGCACCCAAGUGCGCAUCUUGUAACCAGCCCAUCCUGCCUGCACAGGGUUCUGAGGAAACGAUCCGGGUGGUGUCAAUGGACAGAGACUACCACGUGGAAUGCUAUCACUGUGAGGACUGUGGGCUCCAGCUGAACGAUGAGGAGGGUCACCGCUGCUACCCCCUGGACGGGCACCUCCUCUGCCAUGGCUGUCACAUCCGCCGCCUCAAGAUCCAGGUGCCGCCCCACCCUCCCCCCGGCUACCCCAUGCACGUCACCGAACUGUGAGACCACAGAGACCCAGAGGAGAUGGCAGAAGGGCGAUGGAGAGAGAGGAGUGUAAUGUAGAACAUCCUCCUGGCAGGAUUCUUGUAGAGGAAUGAAUGCAAGCGGUGAACCUGUGAUUCUGUUUCUGUAUCUGCUGUAGGCUGGAGUACUUUGUAAUAGUGUGAGGAGCCACAUGUUGAGUAUAGUGGCCCUGGUUAGGCUACUACUCGGCAGCUGUCUGUUCGGCAGUCACUCAUUUAUGAACAGCAUUUGGGGGAAGGUCUCAUUCUUCAGAAACCUUUUCUUUUCGUAGUUGCAGUACACAAAUGACUGAACUGUGUGAGGUUACAGCCGUCGACACACAUGAGCAGCAAGGCCUGCCUCGAAGGGACACACUUCCACGGGAAGAAAGGGACUUUACUUCUUAUCACCGAAGGCCUGAGAGCCAAGAGGCAAGGCUGCACUUGUGUGCAACCAAAAACGGAUGCACAACUUCGGAAAGCCACACAGAGAGCUGCUGGAGCGACCGCUGACAAUUCAAAGUAGCCGCUGUUCCAGAAUCACUGCACUUAUAAAAACUGCUCAUCAUUCCCGGCCUCUGCAAAAACACUGUAAGACUGCAACAUCAUAUUGGCUAUGCAAGGAAACUCUUGUAUGCAAUUUUGCAUUAUUUCACUGUUAACCCAAUGUGUUUUUUUUUGUUUUUAAUCCAUUACGUGUGAAAAGGGGCCAUGAUUUUUUCUGUGAUUUGCAGUUGCCUAUACAUUGUUAGAACACUCUUUUGUAUUAAUUGCAUUUGCCAUGUCUUCAGCAAACAAUAGCAUUUGUGACCUACAAGAUUUACUGGCAAUGUCUUCAUGAUAUAACAAGUAUUAGAUAUACAUAGCGUGUACGUACAGUUGUUUUUAUAUUGGGCAGAACUUUCACCGGAGACCUUAAUUUUAUAAUUUUUUUGGGCAGAGGGGGGAGGAAUAUAUAGAUCUUACAUAGCUAGAAACAUAGUUAUUUUAUGUUGUUGCUAUUCGUUAUCUUAAAACUACUGCAUGAUGAGGGUGUAGGGGAUAUAGAGAUGUAGUCCUUUGUGCUGCAACUUGUAACAGAACUUGCAAUUUGUGCUCACCAGAUCCCAUCACUGUCUCAUUGGGGGGCAUUACAGGGUUAAACGUGUUUGGUCUUUAGACUCUCUCUGCUGUUUUCAAAGAGUUAUUGUGUGUUCUGAGAGUGUAUGCUGUACCAACUCCGUAAUCGUUCAGUGAAAUCAAAUGCACUGCUGUUUCAAAGGCACAUUGUUACCCCCUUCCUCUUUAUCGGCAUCUUCUAGUGACAGCCAGUUAACAGCUAAACAAAUGUGUCUGCUUUCAUCGAUACCCUCUGAUCUGGGUUCUGAUCUUCAUGUUACCUUCGGUAAGAGGCCAGCCCAGUGUGUCUUCAAGUCUUAAGGGUUCAUUCAAGCCUUGUACAUAGAGCUAACAAAGUAACUCCAGUAAAUCUCUCCCAAUAUUACUAUAGUUUUCUUGUAUAAAAACUGCACACAUUACUGAUUACUCCUUCUAGAUAUUGGAGUGCUGCACAGCUGUGUCCCCGCAUUCUACAAGUCACACAAAGGAACGUAGAAGCGUUGAAAUCAUUGAAAAACAGUGAUUGGUUACUUCCCUGUUGCUUCUUGGAGUUUUGACAGAACCUCACGAUUUCUGUGAUCCUUCAAGUGAUCUCUUGAAGUAGAAUACCGCAAGGUGGUCAAAGUGUAGCACUGAAGUGUAUUUUUUUUUUUUUAAUUUAGUCGUUGCCAAUUAUUUUUUAUUAUUUUCUCCCCAAUUUGAAAUGGCCAAUUUAUUUUUUAAGCUCAGCUCACCGCAACCACCCCUGCGCUGACUCGGGAGGGCGAAGACAAACACACACUGUGCCCCGAAGCGUGUGCUGUCAGCCGACCACUUUUUUUCAGAGCUUCAUUGAACGUUUUAUAAAUGGAGAAAUUAAAUGUUUUUAGUUUUGAACAAAGGAAUAAACAAAGUAAUGUUAUUCCUCCAUUUAAAACUCUCUUGCCUCUGACGCUGUAGCUCUUGGGUGGCUGCAUGGUGAGUCUGCAGUGUGAGAAAAAGCAGUCGGCUGACGGCACACGCUUCGGAGGACCAGCAUGUGUUCGUUUUCGCCCUCCCGAGUCAGCGCAGGGGUGAUAGCGGUGCGCUGAGCCUAAAAAAAAAAAAUAAUUGGACAUAUCAAAUUGGGAGAAAAUAAUAAAAAAAUUGGCAACGACUAAAGAUUAAAAAACAAACAAAAAAAAAAACACUCUGAUCUGAUCCCAAUCUGAUGCUGCUCUACGGUUGAUGGUUGCGAAUUAAACAAAUGAAACUGUAAUAUAUAUUAAACAAUGAAGGUGUUUGACAUACACCAUCAUAAUACGUAAAGGAAACUCUUUUUACAAUUGCUAAAGUAAUCUUUAAAUAAGCACGCUGUGGUAGAUAAUUGAUCGACAUAAUGGUAACUUUAUAAACUUUUCAAAUAUUUGCGGGAUUUCACAAAAAUUUCUCUCUGAUUAUUAUAUGAAAACAGAAAUACUUUAAUGUUUUAGAAAACAUUAAUGUUAUCUAAGUAACGGUGCAUUUAAAAAUAACCAUAAAUACUAUAUUAAGAAAAUAUCGCUGUAGAAAACACUGUCAGGUCUAUAAUAUAUCAUGGCCUAAUACAGUAGACCUGACUGAGUGACGAAGUCUCAUAACUAAAUAUUAUUACACACGUUUUGUGUGUUGUCAAAGUUAUCAUUCUAUCGAUUACAAUUACAUACUGCCGUUAUUCUAUCGAUUACAAUUAAAUAAUUGGUUUAAUCAGAUUGAACACUGUUUUUUUAAAUGUUUUGGUCAAUUCCCUUUUUUUCUUAAUGAGCUUACCUUCUCCUGACAGCCUGGAUCUCCCCCUGUCCACAACAUUUUUCUAGUGGCAACUAUCAUCAGCCCUUGAUUCAAUUUGCUCAGAAUGUGUUGAUAAUUUGCCCUGAACCAAUGCUGCAGCUAGCUGUUUGCGUGUUUGGUGGCUAACUUACUACUGUAAAGAAUACAGCAUUGUGAGUGAAUCCAUCAUAAAAUAGACACGACCGUGAACGGUAACAUUUAUUAUAAACUUUUUAGAAGUUUAAAAAAAAAAAAUAACACCAGAUAUUUAUGUACUCAAUCUGUUUAUAGAAGCAUUGGAUUUCUUAAUUAUAAAUGUAAUAGCUGCUUCUAAUAGGUUCCAGUAUGGACAGGAUUAAAAAAAAAAAAAAGUAUGGAUAGGGAUUUAUGUUUUAAAUUAGAAGUACUUUGAUAUUCUGACAUUCAGAAUCUUUAAACGCUGCGCCACGAAAAUUCGCUUCUCAUUGGUCAGUUUCCUGAGUUACGGCAUGCGUAGCGUCAGAAUCAGAUCAGUGGAGCCUGCUCAUGAUCCAUUUAGUACAACGCCUUCUCAAGAUCCGGCUCCAGUGAGCCCGGAUCCGAUCCUGUUUUUUGAUCUUGUUAGUACAACUGGCACUAUAUGGACUGUAGGCAGCAGUUUGCAAAAUGGCUAUGGUGAAUCUUUGAUGCCAAUAACGUAAAGUUUGAAAACCAUUAUUCUAAGCUUUUACACAAAAAAGUUUUGCUAGUCUGUACUUUUCUAUUAAUAAACAGUUUACCAAAACUAGUGCAGUACAGGUUGUGCAUUCUUAACAAAUAUUUCUGCCUUUGCACAGAGAUAUUUGCGUACACACAGUCCCUGAACUUUGGGUUUGAUGGGUGCCUGAGAUUUCAUCUUUUCACAAGGAUGGCUCCAAGAUUUAGGAGACACAAAGAGAUUCGCAGCGUGUAAGAGACAUUUUAAAAGAGCUUCAAAUCAUGGAUCGUCCCUUUUUACCGUAAAGUAAAACCCCGAUUAUCCAGACAUAUUGUCCAAUGUUUCACUGUCCAGUUACCAAGAGAAAAUACGCUAACCAGCCUAGUGUCUCAGAACAUUACUGUAGGUUGUACAGGUUUUCCCAUAAGAUAUGCACCACACAUCAAAAUAGUUUCAAAUAGACAUUUCACACCUGAGAGAAAUAGUAAGAGAACAAUAUUAGCGACUGUUCUUAUGAUGCCUGAUCUGUAGGAUACCCAGUGUAUUUCAAUGCACAGGGGCCUUGUAAUUAUUUGCCAUUGAUUGGGAAUAUCACAUUAACAAUUGUAAAGUAAUUGUAUUCUCUAUACAUGAUUUUACAAACCCACCCUGGUCUCCAUUAGUUCAGAGGUUUUACUGUAUUGUGAAAAUUAUUUUAAAAAGGCUUCAAUUGUUGUUCUGUUAACAGGAGUUUUUUUUUUUUUUUUAUAUAUAUAUAUAGUUUUUAAUGUUUUCAGGAGGAAUGGGGUUUCAUCAUGAAAGGCCAAUAUUUACACUGAAUUAAAUACACACAAUUCCUGUGUACAGUCAAAAGGAAGGACUGAAAAAAAAGCAUUCAAGAGUUGUCCAUUAAGUACAAAUUCCAUAUGCAUUCCAAGAUAGAGUACUAUAUAUAUAUAAUUUUUUUUUGUAUGCCCAUUUUUAUAUCAUGUAACUAUUUUUCCUGUACAAAAAUAUGUUAGUUUUGUAACUAUUGUCUGAAUUGUUUAAAUAAUAAUAAUAAUAAUAAUAAUAAUAAUAAUAAUAAUAAUAAUAAUAAUAAUAAUUGUAUCUGUGCUUUGUGCCCUGUGUGUAGUUUGAGAACAGCAUGUGUGACGAUGGUUAUGUGUUUUCAGUGCUUCAUUCCUAGAUUGUUCAUGAUGAUGGGGGAGGGGGGGGGGGAAAUGUAGAUUUAUUUAUCUAAAGAUGAAAAAUGUAAAGUUAUUUAAUGUGUUAAAAGUCAGAAGAAGUGUCAUUUAACCUUAGAUGAUAUAAUCUGCUUUUUUCAAUAAACAGGUUUUGUAGUUAACUUAAAA